AUGGACGUAGUUAAACGACUCCAACAAUACAUCAACUUGGGCAAACUUUCCCGUGGGGCCAUCAACUUGACUGCUGUCGCCAUGGGAAUAAACCGCAACACUGUGGCACUUGGGAAGAGUCGCAACAGGCCUGCGGGAUCUGAAGUGUUAAAGAGCGUGGUCGUAACGAAGGACGUCUACCGCCGCAUCCUCAUCGACAAGGUUGUACUCGCGAUCAAAUCGAAAUGGACGUGGCCGCUUGGUGUCGAUGGUGGUGACAUCGUCAUCCAGCAAGACAACGCGCGGCCUCACAUCGGUCUGGACGAUGCCGAGUUUGUCACAGCCGGCGAAGAAGGCGGUUGGACCAUUCGCAUCCAAAACCAACCAGCUCAAUCGCCGGAUUUGAAUGUUUUGGAUUUGGGUUUCUUUAACUUGAUUCAAUCCCUGCAGCAGACGCUGGAAUGCCGCAGUAUGGAAGAACUUAUUGCUGCCGUCAGGUGCUCCUAUCUGAUGCUGUCACCCACGAAGCUGGAAAAGACGUUCCUGACACUGCGCCGAAUUAUACUUGUCGUCAUCGCGGCCAAGGGUUGCAAUCGGUACAAGAUUCCUCGAAGUGCAUCGCCAGCAGAGGACGAAUUGGCUUUGUCAUUGAUGAAUGUGAGACUCGAGGAAAAGGAUAGAUUAGAAGAUGUAGCAAACAUGUUGUCAUCAUUGAACAUGGAUGAACAGUAA